AUGCGAGCGCUAGCGGCAACGAGGACGAUAACGCCGCGGCUCGUGCUCGGGCUGCUGCUGCUCGGCCUGGCCGGGCAUCCGGCUCUGGGCUGCGGCCCGGGCAGGGGCGGCGGCCGCCGACCGAUACUGCGCAAGCUCACGCCCCUCGUCUUCAAGCAGCACGUGCCCAACGUCUCGGAGAACACGCUGCCCGCGAGCGGCCUGAGCGAGGGCCGGGUGUCGCGCAACGACAAGCGCUUCCGCGACCUCGUGCCCAAUUACAACGCCGACAUCAUAUUCAAGGACGAGGAGGGCACGGGCGCCGACAGGCUCAUGACUCAGAGGUGCAAAGAGAAGCUGAACACGCUGGCGAUCUCGGUGAUGAACCAGUGGCCGGGCGUGAAGCUGCGCGUCACCGAGGGCUGGGACGAGGAGGGCAAACACGCCACCGACUCGCUGCACUACGAGGGCCGCGCCGUCGACGUCACCACGAGCGAUCGCGACCGCGCCAAGUACGGCAUGCUGGCGCGUCUGGCCGUCGAGGCGGGCUUCGACUGGGUCUACUACGAGUCGCGCUCACACAUACACUGCUCCGUCAAGUCGGAGUCAUCGUCCGCGGGCAAGUCCGGCGGCUGCUUCCCCGGCACGAGCACGGCGCUCACGGCCGACGGCAGACGCGUAGCCCUGGCCGAGCUCCAGCUGGGUGAGCGAGUGGCCGCCCUCGACUCGGCCACCAACCGACUAGUCUUCAGCGAGGUCAUCGGCUUCAUCGACCGCGCGACGGCCGAGCGUCGGCAGUUCCUGCGGCUGCGCCUCGGCUCGGGCAAGCAGCUCAAGCUGACCGCGACGCAUCUGGUGCCGGUGCAGGGCCGCGGCACCGUCUUCGCCGCCCGAGUCAGUCCGGGCGAUCGACUGCUGGUGCGGAGUCAAAACAGCAGCAGCAGCAGCAGUAAUGGCGCCAGUCAAGCACUCCGCUGGGAAGAGGUGCUCGACGUCGAGCUGGUCCUCGAGGAGGGCGCCUACGCACCCCUCACGGCCGAGGGCACGCUCCUCGUGGACGACGUCGUGGCCAGCUGCUACGCCGUGGUCGACAACCAGAGCCUGGCGCACGCCUGCUUCCUGCCGCUGCGGCUCUGGGCCCGGCUGAGCCGCGGCUUCGCGAGCCUCGAGCACUACCUGGGACUCGUUCCGAGCCGAAGGAAGGACGACGACGACGAGCUGAAAAGCAACGAAGUGGACGACGGACGCCAUUGGUCCAGGCAAGAGGGUGUGCACUGGUACGCCUCGAUGCUCUACAGCGUCUCGCGCUACGUCUUGCCGAGAUCCAUGUACUAUAACUGACGAUGAGCCCCGGCAUCGAUCCUUGUGCGGAGCUCUCUUCGGAAAUCGAUCGUCCAUUAAGUCACGCCUGCGGGGCCAUAAACGCCGCGCGCGAUUCUACGUAAAACGCACACCGACCGCUGUAUAAUAUAUUAAAUUAUAAAGAUGAAAAUGAUGUUUGGACGCCACGAACAUUCCACGAUGACGGUGUUCGACAUGUCUCGUCUGUGCGUGUGUAUGUGUGCUGUGUGUAUGUGUAUGUAUCUCGUGUUUAUUGUACAAAAACAAUCUCGACGAGCCUAACAAUUUUUAUUCUAGUUUUUAACCCCUCAGAUUUUUCCUUAACCCCAACCUCCCCCAUCUCCCCCUUUCCUCGCAUAGGAAACUCAUUUUUUAUUAUUUCAUUAUAGUAUUCCGUGCUUGGACAAUAAUAAAAAAAAGUUAUCAGUUUACGUGAAUAUGUAUUAAAGCAAGAAAAAAAUAUCAAACUGAU